AUGAGACUGGUCGCUGGAAGGGACACUGAGCUUGUCAUUGAGGACCUACAACUGGACCUAAAGUUUGGGAAAGGGGAGUACAUCUUGCUGGCAGUGUCGACCAAGUUCACGAGAGAGAUGAUCACGGAGGACCUGGCAGAGGUGGGGCUAGGUGUGAGUGGUUGGUACACUGACAGCGCUCAGCGGUACGCAGUCCUCAUUGCCACACCGUCAGCACAUACCUAG